AUGGGUUUAAACCCUCAAACCACCAUAAUUCUGCGUUUGUUACUGGCCUUGGUACCGCUUCUUGCACGGUGUGAAGCAGCUGCAAGCCCACCGUGCAACGUCCAGGUCACGCAAGAUAUGAUUAUUCGCCUAAUAAAAACGAAUCAUACUGAGGGAGAUUGUGCAAAGUCUUGGAACAACCUUCAAGCGUAUCUAGAGCAAACCAGGCAAAAUUUGAACGAAUGUUUGCAGCGCGAAGAGUCCGCAGGUGCUUCGGAUGCAGCCGCCACAGGCUGCCAACCAUUGUUUGAAAAGUUCGAAAAUGAAACAGAAGAAGUGCGUCGCAAGUUGAACACCGCCAUGCAAAACAGACUGCUGCACGAGCAGAUCGAAAUAGCCAAGGCAAAGAACGCAAUAGCCAGAAUCCAAAAGGAGCUUAAAUCGGCGCAAAGCGAGUUUCACGGGUACUACCAGGAGCUGCUACUGAUCUACAUCGAUGCAGGCGACACGAGACGUGCCCUGCACUACUAUCAUCGGUUGGUGUUUUUGAAGGAACCGAACCUACCCGUUACAAUGGUACGUUUCGUCUACUCCUCCACCAAGCACGAAAACCGGCGGCUCGAAAACUUGCUAGCGCUCGUGAAGCGGUUGCCAAAGCCCGAGGAACAGCUGACACUGUACAAAAUGGUCCAACCGGAAAUUAUGAAACGCACUACGCAACAUUACAGCUUCCUCGGUAUGGUUGUAGCCCUCGAGAUGGACCGGUUUAUACAGGAAAAGGAAGAGAGCGAGCUCAAGAAGCUGCGUGACACCUUGUUUGUCCAUGCAAUGAAGCAAUGGAAGUCUCAAAUGAUGGGCGGAACGUACCAAGACAUUGUAGCGUUCGCGAAAAAGUAUCCGGAUCAUUACGAGAAAAUCGCUGCACGCAUUGUAUGGGUACCGGUAAAGUACUGGUAUAGAUUCAGCUACAGCCAGUUCGUGACGUUUCCGAAUCUGCUCCCACUGCCCAAGCAACGGCUGGAAUCGUUUCGGGUGAUAAUGCGUCAAAUCAAGGAAAGAAACAAAACCUACUUCGAUUACUAUCUUGCAAAGCUCGCCCAGCAGGUGGACAUCUGCGAGAAGUACAUCAAGAAGCAGUACAACGAGCUAGAAGGCAAGGACGAACUGAUCAAGCUGAAGACGCAGUUUUCGGAAUUCGAUAAAAAGAAUGGCUACGAUUACUAUUUGAAGAAUGUGGCUAAACUGACCAAAACUAAACCACCAAUCCCGGCUAAUCCUAAUAGACCUAGCUCUAGAGGUGGUCUUGAUGGGCGGCGUUGA